AUGGAUGCCGAUGCCGAUGGGAUCGAUAUCGAUAAUGAUGAUGACGACGAGGCUGGUACAUUCAGCAUCGCCAAAGACUGCCAAAGUGAGGACGAUGACACCCUCACUGGUGAAGACAACGUUCUUUUGGCACUGCACAUGAAGCGCACUGCUGUUGACAAGGAUACAUCAGCAAAGGAAUUUCUGCAGACUCGCGAAGCGGUUUUCCGCUUCGUUCAAGACUCGAUUGCAGAUGCACCAGACAUACAGAAAGAAACGCAGACGAAAAUGGAAAAGCAUACGUUUUUUCAUUUGAUAAAGGAGACCUAG